CUUGCUUAGGUCCUCUUUCCUGAUACAAUACUGCUGCAGCAAUGGCAGUGACACAUGCUGAUCUUAGACCAGGUCGUCGAAGCACUGAGUUGGGUAGCAAAACAGGUGCCUUUCUCAUGGUCUUGUGCAUACUCUUUGGCCUGUUUUGCUUCAUUCUGUCUCUCAUUGCUGAAGCCAGUCGUUCCAAGGUGACUUGGGUGAGCACAAGAGAAAAUGGGGAAGAAGAGAGAUAUGAAUGUACAUACAGUGGUAGUGGGAAGACCCCGCUUUUAUGUGCAGCCAGUGCUUUCAUGGCACUGGCAAUUGCUAUGGUGGUCCAACAUACAUACUUGUUGAUUGCAGUGAGUAAAUCAACCUCUUCUGCUCUAGUUACCUGGGACCUGGAUUCUGAUUUUGCCAAGACUCUCACUUGGCAAGCUGGGUUUUUCUUCGUCACAACUUGGAUGUGUUUUGCUGUUGGAGAGAUUUUGUUGCUAAUUGGGAUCAGUGUCGAAUCAGGACAUCUAAAGCAUUGGUCAACACCAAGGUCAGGUUGCCUCAUCAUUGGACAGGGCUUGUUCUCGGCAGCUGGGGUGUUUGGCUUAGCCACAGUCUGCCUUGCUGCAGGCUUAUACAUAACAGCUUUACGUGCACAAAGACUAAUCCAAGGACAGGAAAAUGUGCGUCGUGAGGUCUGGGAAGCCUCGGCCCUCCACGCAUCUCCACCAACGUCGCCUGGCCAUCACCUCGCCACUGCUGCAAAUGAGACUCCGAUGAUCAGGCAAAAUCAGAAUGAUCAGCACUUAUUGGCACAUUACUUAUCUGCUUUUGAUAAGCAUUCUAAUUUAGUGUAGAAUUUUCUAUAUCAAGC